CGAUGACGUCACUGCGGGCUGAUUGGCUGCUGGCGGGGCGUGCGGCUCUGACGUCACAGUAAAAAGAUGGCUGCUAUGACAAGAGGCUCCUCUGCGGUGUUCAGACUGCUGAUCCAGCAGUACCGCCACCGAUGUUUACGUCUGCACCAAAUGAAAGUCCACACGUGUCUCGGCUCGCUCCCCGCCAGAGUCGACAGGAAGUUCCAGAACAGAAGCUUCCAGAUGUGGAGCCGGACCCUACACAUGUCAGCAGGGGCAAGAGGACCCAUCGUCCAGUUUAAGCUGUCGGACAUCGGCGAGGGAAUCAUGGAGGUGACGGUGAAGGAAUGGUACGUCAAGGAGGGGGACAAAGUGUCUCAGUUCGACAGCAUCUGCGAGGUUCAGAGCGACAAGGCGUCCGUCACCAUCACCAGUCGUUACGACGGCGUCAUUCGAAAGCUCUACUACGACACGGACGCCAUCGCUCUGGUGGGCAAGCCUCUGGUGGACAUCGAGACCGAGUCCAGCUCAGACCUGAUCCAGGAAGAGGAUGUGGUGGAGACGCCCGCCAUGGCUCGGGAGGAACACACCCACCAGGAGAUCAAAGGUCACAAGACCCAGGCCACACCUGCGGUCAGACGCCUCGCCAUGGAGAACAAUAUAAAGCUCAGCGAGGUGGUGGGGACGGGCAGAGACGGACGCAUCCUGAAGGAAGACAUCCUGAACUUCCUGGCCAAGCAGACGGGAGCCAUCUUGCCUCCGACCCCGUUUCAGGAAAUCCAGACUCCGCCUCCUCCCCCUCCCAUCGCAGCUGCCCGGCCCGCGACGACCUUAUCAGGCCUUAAAGCUCCGCCCACCAUGCCCAAACCAGUCUUCACCGGCAAAGAUGUCACGGAGCCCCUCAAAGGCUUCCACAAAGCCAUGAUGAAAACCAUGACGGCGGCUCUCAAGAUUCCUCAUUUCGGUUACUGUGACGAGGUGGACCUGAGCCGCCUUUCGGCUCUCAGGGCCGAGCUCAAGUCUCUCGCCGAAGGUCGAGGCGUCAAACUGAGCUUCAUGCCCUUUUUCAUCAAGGCCGCCUCCCUCAGCCUCGCCCACUUUCCCAUCCUCAACGCCUCAUUGGACGAGAGCUGUCAGAACAUCACGUAUAAGGCAUCCCAUAACAUCGGCGUCGCCAUGGACACCAGCCUGGGGCUGCUGGUUCCCAACGUGAAGAACGUGCAGCUCCUCAGCGUCUUUGACGUGGCACAGGAAGUCAACCGCCUCCAGGGGCUCGGCACCGCCGGUCAGUUGGGAACGGCCGACCUGACCGGAGGAACCUUCAGCUUGUCCAACAUCGGAUCGAUCGGAGGGACGUACGCCAAACCGGUGAUUCUUCCCCCAGAGGUCGCCAUCGGAGCUCUGGGGAAAAUUCAGAUUCUCCCGCGCUUCGACAGCGCCGGCAACGUGGUCCGCGCUCACAUCAUGAAUGUCAGCUGGUCGGCCGACCAUCGUAUCAUCGACGGCGCCACCAUGUGUCGCUUCUCCAACAUGUGGAGAGACUAUCUGCAGAACCCGGCCAGCAUGCUACUGGACCUCAAAUAAAGCUGUGCAGUUCUCUGUUCUCACACGCCGUGGCCUUUGAGUGGGGUGCUGAGUGAAAGAGGCUGGUUCUGGUUUGAGGUGGUCUCACAUGACCCCGAGUGCGGAACUUAAGACUGGGAUCACGUGACCCAACGGGAAACAAGGACAUUGCCACUUUCGGAGGUUUAGUACCUUUUUAAUAGAUAAUAAUGAAGAGGUUCCCUAUUCAAACUUUUUAAAGAUAAAACUUUAUUAUACUGUUACAGCCUCGUCUUCGUCAUCAAGCCGGUGGUCUUCUGCCCCCUGCUGGUCACAUUUAUUCUGUCUUUUUGAACAGUUUUCAGUGGCGUUUGGAGUCUGUGCUCUUCAUUGUAUUCGAUUAAAGUUGGCGUGUUAGGGGAAAAAUUUACUUAAUCAAUUUGUUUAUUACUCACGCCAUGUCAUAGUAACACUUGUGUAGUGUGUGCUUUGUCUCCAUCUGCUGGAACACGGCAAAAACUACAAAUCUAUCAGAGGUGCUUGACGUCUUCCACGUGUGUCCUUCUCUGUAUUUUUUUUUUUUAAAUGUUGUGUUUGCGUCUUUAGGGGGAAAAUAAAACUAUGAACUGAA